AUGAAACAUUCAAGAGUCCCUUUUUCAAGCUCCGUCUCCAAGAGGCCAAAAACCUACCUCUAUAUACCAGAGGAAGCAGAGCGCACUCUGCACCAUGUCAAGAACCGCAAUGGCGACACCAUCAAGUUCCAAAACCCAUAUCCUUCCUUCGGGUCCCCAUCUAGCAUCUUCCAAAUGAUGUCGAAGAUAUUCAAAGCCCAACGAGCAGGCAAAAUAAGCCAACCCGACUGCACAAACAUCAAACUCCCCGUCAUCCCAGCUACAUUCUUAACCUCCCGAUUCAACAACAAUCCCUCCCUCCGCGCCACCUGGCUCGGCCACGCAUGCUACUAUGUCGAAUUCCCCAGCGGACUCCGCGUGCUCUUCGACCCCGUCUUCGAAGACCGAUGCACGCCCGUCCGAUGGGCCGGCCACAAGCGACUAACCCAACCCCCCUGCUCAAUCAGCCAUCUACCCUUCAUCGACGCCGUGGUGAUCAGCCACUCUCACUACGACCACCUCAGCCACAAAUCCGUGCUCGACAUCCAGCAUCACCAUCCCGAAGCGCACUUCUUCGUCGGCCUAGGCAUCGCAGACUGGUUUCGACAAUGCGCCAUCUCCAACGUAACAGAACUGGACUGGUGGCAGGAUGCAAACCUGGACCUACUAGACUCCGUCUCCAAAUCAAUCCGUAUCACUGCAACCUUCUCCUGCCUCCCAUCUCAGCACUCUUCCGGCCGCACCUUAACAGACAAGGACUCCACCCUGUGGGCUUCAUGGGCUGUCUCGUCCGGUGGAAAAUCCGUCUGGUUCGCCGGCGACACGGGGUAUCGCGCGGUGCCGGAGACUGAGAGUACGGAUGACUACGGUCCCGAGUAUAUGUCGCUUCCGCGCUGUCCCUGCUUUGUACAGAUUGGACGACUCCGCAGGCCGUUUGAUCUCGGUCUUAUUCCUAUUGGUGUUUAUAAGCCGCGGUUCUUGUGGAGUCCACUCCAUGCGAAUCCGCGAGACGCUGUGGAGAUUUUCCUUGAUACGAAGUGUCGGAGCCAUGGGUAUACAUUGGGGUACUUGGGCUCUUACUAGUGAGGAGGUCGAUGAGCCGCCGAGGCUUUUGAGAGAG